AGUGGUUCUUGCCGUUGACAGUUGACAGUUUGGCACACCUAUGCAGUUAUGAUUCAUAUUAGAGAUAAACAAUAAGAGGAAUUUAUUUUUCUUUCAGUCAGAACCAGUCAGAACUGAAUAAUUUUCUGGUGUGGUCAGGAGUGAUUCAUUACAAAAUUAAUUUUAGGAUUGCAUUUAUAUACUACAAGCUCAACUACAAAGAUGAUGACUGAUCGUUUUGGAUUAAAAUGGGACCCCAAAAAUUUAGAAAUUAGAACUAUGUCUGUAGAAAAAACAUUGGAGCCCUUAGUUUUGCAAGUUACAACUCUUGUAAAUACAAAAGGACCAAGUAAAAAAAAGAAAGGAAAAUCUAAACGUGCCAAUGCAUUGGUUAGUACAGUAGAAAAAGCAACUGAAAACUUUAUUGAAAAAGGUGAACAGAUUGCUUACGAAAAUCCAGAUAUUACAGAUGAAAUGCUGGCAGCUGUGGACGAAGUUAAAAAAACAGGAACAGCAAUGAGUAUAGCUGCAAGGGAGUUUUCUGAAGAUCCGUGCUCUUCUUUAAAAAGAGGAAAUAUGGUUCGAGCUGCUAGAAACCUUCUAUCUGCUGUAACCCGUCUUUUAAUUCUUGCUGAUAUGGUAGAUGUUCACCUUUUGCUCAAAUCUUUACAUGUAGUUGAAGAUGAUUUAGAAAAACUUAAAAAUGCCUCAAGCAAUGGAGAACUCUUGGACAAUAUUAAAGCCUUUGGUCAAAAUGCCAAUGAACUAAUGAAUCAGGCAGCUAAAAGGCAACAAGAACUGAAAGACCCACAACUUCGUGAUGACUUGGCAGCUGCUAGAGCUGUACUUAAAAAACAUUCCACAAUGCUAUUGACAGCUUCAAAGGUGUAUGUACGUCAUCCUGAAUUGGCAGCAGCAAAAGCAAAUAGAGAUUAUGUACUAAAACAAGUAUGUGAAGCUGUCAAUACCAUUAAUGAUGUAGCACAGGGUAGGACUCCACAACCUGCUUGCGGGCCCUAUGAUGGUCCUGGAGAGUUGGCUGCUGCUUUAGAUGACUUUGAUGAUCACAUGGUGAUGGAACCUUUAGCUUACAACGAAGUCCACACAAGGCCUUCUUUAGAGGAACGUUUAGAAAGUAUUAUAAGUGGAGCAGCACUAAUGGCAGAUUCCAGCUGUACUAGAGAUGAAAGACGCGAGAGAAUAGUUGCAGAAUGUAACGCAGUUAGACAAGCUUUGCAAGAUUUGCUUUCUGAGUAUAUGACUAAUAUGGGAAAUAAAGAUAAAAGUGAAAGUCUCAAUAGAGCUAUUGAUAAUAUGGGAAGAAAGACUAGAGAUUUGCGAAGACAGCUCAGAAAAGCUGUUGUGGAUCAUGUGUCUGAUAGUUUUUUGGAAACCAAUGUACCUUUAUUGGUUCUAAUAAAAGCAGCUCAAAAUGGCAAUGAAAAAGAAGUAGAAGAAUAUGCGGUUGUGUUUACUGAACAUUCCAAUAAGUUAGUAGAGGUGGCAAACCUAGUUUGUAGCAUGUCGAACAAUGAAGAUGGAGUUAAAAUGGUUCGAUAUGCUGCUGCUCAGAUAGAUAAUCUAUGUCCAGAAGUAAUCAAUGCAGCUAGGAUCUUAGCUGCUAGACCUCGCAGUAAAGUUGCUCAAGAAAAUAUGGAAGCAUUUAAGCAAUCUUGGGAAAAUCAAGUUAGGAUUCUAACUGAAGCUGUUGACGAUAUUACUACUAUUGACGACUUUUUGGCAGUUUCUGAAAAUCAUAUUCUAGAAGAUGUCAACAAAUGCGUCCUUGCAUUACAAGAAGGUGAUGCUGAUACUCUAGAUCGCACUGCUAGUGGUAUUAGAGGCAGAUCUAAUCGAGUAUGCAAUGUUGUGACAGCUGAAAUGGAUAACUACGAACCUUGCAUUUACACUAAACGUGUUCUUGAAGCUGUUAAGGUAUUGAACGAUCAAGUAAUGCCUAAAUUUACCCAAAGAGUGCAAGUUGCUGUUCAAGCAUUAGGAAAUAGUCCACCAAAAGAAGUAGAUGAAAACGAUUUCAUUGAUGCCUCCAGACUUGUUUAUGAUGGUGUAAGAGAAAUAAGAAGAGCAGUAUUAAUGAAUAGAGCCGAUGAGGACUUAGAUCCUGAAGAUGUUGAAUUGGAUGAAAAUUAUUUGAUUGAAACAAGAAGUAAAUCAAGUGCCCAUACAGGAGAACAUGGUGUUGAUGAAUAUCCAGAUAUCAGUGGAAUUACAACUGCCAGGGAAGCUAUGGGUAAAAUGCCUGAAGAAGACAAACAAAAGAUUUUACAACAAGUUGAAUUCUUCAGAAGCGAAAAGCUCAAGUUUGAUCGUGAAGUUGCCAAAUGGGACGAUACUGGUAAUGAUAUUAUUGUACUUGCCAAACAUAUGUGUAUGAUUAUGAUGGAAAUGACAGAUUUUACAAGGGGUCGGGGUCCUUUAAAAACAACCAUGGAUGUUAUCAAUGCAGCAAAAAAGAUUUCAGAAGCUGGUACCAAAUUGGAUAAACUUACUCGUCAGAUAGCCGAGCAAUGCCCCGAAAGUUCUACAAAAAAAGAUUUAAUUGCUUAUCUACAACGUAUUGCCCUAUAUUGUCACCAAAUGAAUAUUACAUCCAAAGUUAAAGCUGAUGUACAAAAUAUCAGCGGGGAGCUCAUUGUUUCUGGGUUGGACAGUGCUACUUCUUUAAUCCAAGCAGCUAAAAACUUGAUGAAUGCUGUGGUACUUACCGUGAAAGCUUCUUAUGUUGCUUCUACAAAAUAUCCGAGACAAGGAACCGUUGCUGUAAGUAUACUAGUGAUGGAAAUUUGCAGGAAUUUUUGUGUACCUAUUUCAAUUUAUUUGUUCAUUAGUAUUUUACUGAUCUACCUCGAUAAACUCACUUCUCUCUUUAAAUUUAUGAAUACUGACAUUUGUUACUUGUGGGAGAAUACAUUUCUAUAUUUAUUCUAUAUAUAAAUGCCCAUGUAACAUUUAAUGUUAAUUAGUGUACAUUGAUUUUAAAAACAACCUCGUGAAGGGGUGAAUUUGAGAACUUUAUUGUUUCAAUAUCUGCCAAAUGAUUUUGAUUGUGUAAUGAUUAUAAAAAAUUGGGAUAAGUGAGCCCCUUAGAACAAAUAAGGUAUCAGUGCAAUAUUCACUGAAAUAUAAAAAAUUACCAAAAUAGCUAGUCUAAUCUCUGACAGAUUACACACAAAUCAAGGAAUUCAUUUGUGUAUCUUUAAUAAUGAUCAAAUAUGAACUGAAAUUAAUUGACCCACGUCACCUCCAAAACGUUUACCCUGUGAUUUAAACUGAAUGGCAGAUAUUUAAUAAAAUAAAUUUCAAAAUUUAUCCCUCCGUAGCAGUUUUAGAACAAAGUAUAAGCAAAGAAAUGCCCUCAUUUUUUAGACUAUUAUCAGAAAUUAAUGUAAUCUAGACCUACUUAUAUAAUCAAUAUUUAUCAAAAUUAAAGUUUACAUCGCUAUUUAAGUUAAUUUGUGAUAGUUCUGCUAUUAUUUCAUUCAAAAAAUGAGAUGAGUGAUUUAUUAUAUUCACUAUAAAUAUAUUAUUGUGUCCCAUUCCAUCAAUAUUUUUUUGCAGUCACCUAUUGUUGUGUGGAAGAUGAAGGCGCCAGAAAAGAAACCCUUAGUAAGACCUGAAAAACCAGAGGAAGUUCGUGCCAAAGUACGCAAAGGUUCACAAAAGAAAGUUCAAAAUCCAAUUCAUGCCCUUUCUGAAUUCCAAAGUCCCACAGAAUCUGUGUAAAAAUUAUUUUUAUUAACAACAUAUUGAAUAGUAUGUAAAUUAUUAUUUGCCUGAUUUUUCUGUGACUUUUAUAUGUGACUAGAUUCUUGUAAUUAUAUAGUCUGAUAAGGGGUUGACUAAUUAUGUCAACAUCACGUGAGUUAGUGGCAUUUCAUGUUUGUUUUAAACGUAUUCACAGUAGAAAAAAAUUUCAUAUGUAUUUUUUAAAUUUCGUAUUGGAUAAUGGGUUUUUACAUUGAAGACAUAGAAUGUCAUUUUUACAUAAAAUGAACUGUAUAUUUUUGAAUGUGAAUCUAACUUUGAAUGACAUGUGAUUACAUUCUUGAGCUAAAGAUAUUUAUAGUGAUCACGUGAUUUGCUUGGUCUACUCCUUCAUGGGGUUUUUUAGUAUUAAAUAUGUAGACUUGUUGUUUCGGGGGAUACAUAUCAACAAUCUACAGGAUAUUCCAUAUUAUUUUUGCAAUUUAGGUUUAUGAGGGUUUUGAAAGAAUUAUAACUAUGCAUCUUCAUCAUUUAAUUAGCUACAUUAGUAAAUAAAGUUCAAUGCAGACCUUUUCUAAAGUAUUAGUAUGACGUUUUUAAUUUAAAUGAAAAAUUUAUAUUAUAUAUAGGUCUGGGGUUGUAAGUUUACAUUGUCCAAGAUUAGUACAGGGUUUUUGUAUUAUUUGUAUCGUUCAUAAAUUAAGUGAAAAGUUUAUUCGUGAACUGACAUGAGAACUAUUUUUUUAGUGUUUAGUAGGUUAUCAAUCCUCCCAAUUUGCCAAAUACUGCCAAAUUGCGUAAAACUUGAAAUAUAAAUAUAAUCACAUUCAUCUGUGUUGCGAGUUUUUACAAAACCCAAAUAAAUCUUGUAUUAAUAUUGUCAGUUCGAAAUAGGUUGAUUUUGAUAGUUGAAGCUUUAUUUACAUUUAUGUAUUUUACUUAAUCUUGAUACCGAAUAAAGCAUUUUAAUAUA